AUGACAAUUGUGAACACGAAUCGAUACGGAUUUGCUGUGGAGAACUUGGGAGAUCAGUCAGUAUUUUAUCGAUGCAAUUUGGAGGGCUACAACACCACUCUAUAUAUGCAUGGAAAAUCACAAUUCUACCGCAACUGCACUUUUCGGGGCCACAGCAGUUUGGUUUUUGGUUUCGCUAAUUCCUUCUUCCAAAAAUGUGAGUUCUUCAGCAUGAAGGCAUAUCCCCAAGAAAUGGUUGUUUUCUUCAGCCAGUCGUCACCCCUCAAUGACUUUAGUCAAUUCAUUUUCCACCUCUGCUCGUUCCACGUGGUCAAAGAAUCUCCAAACAGCUCAGCAACAGCGUUCUUAGGCGGGUAUUUUGGGACUCUUCCAUCCACUGUAGCAGUUUUGCUGUCCUCUUUAGACGAGUACAUAGAUGGUUAUUACUUCCAAGAACCGGCGACAUUUUUCGGCGCCUCCGCCUGCUACGACCUCCUGCAGUUCCGCCUUCGUAUCUUCUUCUGGGCCGCAACCCCCUCCAGACGCCUCCCGCCCAUCCCCUCCUCACCCAUGACGUAG